GCAGCGGCUGGGCAUGCUAACAGAACCCAAGUAUGAUCGUUUUUGGAACGACUUGCUGACGCCCUCCGAGAAGCCAGCCAUGAGCAGCAAGGUCGCCGCGGCCACCCCGUCCCCGCCGCCCCCUGCCGCCCCCCUGGCCCACCCUUGCCCUCCUUCGCUGGGCGAGGAGCAGGAGGCCGUGACCACCUUCUGCAUGUUGAUCCCAAGAAUGCCCCAAUGGAAAUUCUCCAGCCCCUCGGCCUUCCUCAGCCGCAGCCCUUCUAGCGCCAGCAAAGAGCUCUCGGCCGCGGCCAAAACGGAGAGCCCCGGUGAAGCUGGGACCGGUUCGGCAUCACCCUCAUCCUCGUCGGGCCUGGCUGCAGUCCUCAGUGCCUGUGAGCCGGUGUGUGCCGCACCCUGUAGCUUGCAGGUGAUGAACAGGCUGAGAGGAGGGGCCAGGGGUGGGCGGAAGGCCCCUCAGGCCGAGGGGGCCAAGCUGGCUGGGGAGGAGUGGAGCCGUAAAGGGAGCUUCAUCAGCAAACCUGUGCAGGGCUGGCUGCAUCCCGACGAGAGAGUUUUGGGCCCGGGAGUCUCCUACGUUGUUCGGUAUAUGGGAUGCAUCGAAAUCCUGCGCUCCAUGAGGUCUUUGGAUUUCAACACUCGGACGCAAGUCACCAAGGAAGCCAUCAACAGGCUCUACGAGACAGUCCCAGGGGUCAAGGGAACUUGGAAAAGGAAGGCUCCUAACAAGGCUCUCUUCUCCAUUCUCGGCAAGAGCAAUCUCCGCUUUGCUGGCAUCAGCAUCGUUGUGAAUAUAUCAAUCGACGGACUGAACCUCAUGAUCCCCACGACUCGCCAGAUCAUCGCGAACCACCACAUGCAGUCCAUCUCCUUUGCCUCAGGGGGCGAUACGGACACAACCGACUAUGUGGCCUAUGUGGCAAAGGAUCCCAUCAACCAACGAGCGUGCCACAUCUUGGAAUGUUGCGACGGGCUGGCCCAAAGCGUUAUCAACACCGUGGGGCAGGCCUUUGAGCUCCGCUUCAAGCAGUAUCUCCAUAGCCCCCCCAAGACCAUGGCGCCGCAGGACAGAGCAAUGGGAACGGAAGAGGCCACCUGGGGCGAGGACGACGAGACCUCCGAGCACGACUACUACAACAGCAUCCCGGGAAAGGAGCCGCCUCUCGGGGGGCUGGUGGACUCGCGCCUCUGGCCCGGCACGUCUCUCUGCCAUGCGCCCACUCAGCUUUCGUGCAGCAGUCAUUUUGGCCAGGGUGCCUUUACACGGUUGCGACCAAACCCGAGCACACCCCAGUCUCUUUCUUCCUCAGGGCCUUUCGAAGAUGCCUUAAAGCUUCACGAGUCCAUGUCGGCUUGCGGGGCGGGCAGCAGCCCCCCGAUCGAGGACCAGUGGCCCAGCCCCCCGACCCGGAAGGCCCCGAUUGCCCCCACGGAAGACCAGCUGAAGCAGGAGCCUUGGUACCACGGCAAGAUGAGCCGGCGGGAUGCGGAGAGGUUGCUGCAGACGGACGGGGACUUCCUUGUGCGGGACAGCAUUACCAACCCUGGCCAGUAUGUCCUGACGGGCAUGCACAACGGGCAACCCAAACACCUGCUCCUGGUGGAUCCCGAAGGAGUGGUGAGAACCAAGGACGCCUUAUUUGAAAGCAUCAGCCACCUCAUUAACUACCACCUACAAAACCAACAGCCCAUCGUGGCUGCCGAGAGUGAGCUGCACCUACGGCAGGUGGUGAAAGGGAAGCUGUGA